GGCAGGUUCAAAAAACUGAAGAAGAGAUGGCAUGCAAUAACAUUUAUGAGAAAACAAAGUGGUUGGGGAUGGGACGAGGUCAAUAAAUGCAUUGUAUGUCCCGAGGGAUCUUGGGAUGAGUUUGAGAAGAAGCACAAAAGCUGCAGAGGGUUGAACAAGAAAAGAUUUCCCGUCUACGAUGACUUAGCACCGGUUUUUUGCAAAGGGCGUGCAAGUGGUGAGCAUGGGGUCGACACCAAUGUUGUUGACGCU